CAUUUGUUAAACCCGCCAAAUCAUCAUUUUCAAUUGCAUCUACACCCCUUUAUCUCUAAUUGGCCGGCAGGCGGCAGCAUAAUCCAAACACCAUUGAUUUUGACGAAAGUACAGAUGUUUUCAGUUGUUCUAAAGUGCUAUAUAUGAUACAAUCAGGUGGCUCUUGGCACUCAGAGAGGCUAAUUAGGCUUAUAAACUUAUUUGAUCAAGUUUGAUAAGUACAACUUGUUUUUCACAUUCUUUACUCCAGGAGAGGAUGGCUUCUUUCUCAAUGGAGGAUUUUGUGGGAACUGGGUCUCUACAGAAACUUCUUCCAAAGCUGUUAGAUGAUGGUUGGGAUGAUGUACCAACCUUGAAGAUAAUGAAUACAGAAGACAUGACUGCAAUUAAUAUGACUCAAGCACAAAAGGAUGCAUUAGAGAUCAGGUCAUACCUGCAUGAUCGAACACUAAUGCAAUAUGCAGAUAAGCUAGAAGCCUCAGGAAAAUGCCUGGCAGAGCUUUUAAACCUGGGCACCACAGAUCUUUCUGCUCAAUUCGGCAUGAAAAGAGGACACAUGGCACGCUUCAUGGACCGAACCUCACAAUGCGAAGCUGAUCCUUUGCCAGCAUCAUUCUCUCUCCCAGCAAGGAAACCAAUGGCCCCACCUUCCCGGAACAGUAGCAUGUUCAAGACUCCUUCCAUUUCUGCAAAACCAAAAUUGCAGGCUAUGUCAACACAAAGUACUAUCGCUUAUGAUGCAACCAUUGAGCAAUCCAUUGCUGAUUUCAAGAUAAAAGAUGGGUAUAUCUUUAAAGGGAUUGUGGCUGCCUUGCCUGAUGAGCCUAGAGCAUGUGGUUGUAUACAGCCUCCUCCAAUUGUUGAUGAUGUGGCUCCAUACUCUACUAUUGAGAAUAUUUCAGUUCAGAAACUAACACCAGAGUAUAAGAUUGGAAUGGAGCGUUUGGUCAAAUUGAAAACACCACCCAUGAGAGUUUCAGACAUGUGGCGUGACAAACCAUCACUACUCCUUUGCAUCCGUCGGCCCGGAUGCAUCAUGUGCAGAGCUGAAGCACACAAACUUUAUUCAAAGAAGCCCAUAUUUGAUGCACUAGGGAUUAAUAUGUUUGCAGUUCUACAUGAACAUAUAGAAUCAGAGGUAAGAGAUUUCUGGCCCAGAUAUUGGGGUGGUGUUGUACUCCUUGACAAGAACAUGGGCUUUUUCAAAGCUCUUGGUGGAGGGUCACUGCUUAAGGACAAGUUCGUAUCAGGAUUUCUGUUCAAUCCUCGAGCUCGUGCAAACUACAAGCGUGCAAAGGCCAUGGGAAUCGAGCAAAACUUCAAAGGGGAAGGCGAAAUAAAAGGUGGACUGUUUAUGGUUGGCAAAGGAAGAAGUGGAGUUGCCUACCAGUUCAUAGAGCGAAACUUUGGAGACUGGGCACCACUUGCUGAAGUCAUUGAAGUUGCUACAAAAUUGCAGAACCACCAAGAAGACGGUGAGGAAUCCAUGGGAGGAUCGCGGGAUUACGAAUAAGAUAAGAUGAAAAGUAGCCGAAUCGGUUCUCUUUGUUAGUUCUAAUGAGUAAAACAUAGUCCCAAUUAUUUGUUCUUUGUUUCUCCAUAUGGUUUCCAAGAUUCAUUAUGUUGAAAAUAUAUAUCGUUCCAGACUUGAUUGUAGCUUUUCUGAAUUAGUGAUUUGAAAUG